GCUCCGCUCUGUGAUUGUGAGAGCCAAUAGAAACUCUGGAUUGAGUUGUGUCAUUUGCCCUAGCAACGGCGGGCUCACUCCUCUUUCCAGCGUCCUGUAGCUGCCCCCGGCAAUAGCAGCGAGGCUGUAGGUGGGCGCAGGUGGCCGAGGUGUUUGGUGCUGUUGGCUCAGCAUGUGGUGCACGAGCCCAGCUGCAGUUGUGGCCUUUUGCGCCGGGCUUUGGGUCUCUACCCCGGUGCCAGCACAGGGCCAGGAGGCCGGGGGGCGGCCGGGGGCCGACUGUGAAGUAUGUGAAGAGUUCUUGAGCCGAUUCUAUAACUCCUUGGUAGCCAGAGGGGUCAACUUUUCUCUGGACAUCAUAGAAAAAGAAUUGAUCAGCUUUUGCUUGGGCGUCAAAGGAAAAGAAAACCGCCUGUGCUAUUAUCUGGGAGCAACGAAAGAUGCAGCCACGAAGAUUCUCAGUGAGGUCACUCGUCCAAUGAGUGUGCACAUGCCUGCAGCAAAGAUUUGCGAGAAGCUCAAAAAGAUGGACAGCCAAAUCUGUGAGCUGAAAUAUGAAAAGAAAUUGGACUUGGCAUCAGUGGACCUGAGGAAGAUGCGAGUAGUGGAGCUGAAACAGAUACUGCACAGCUGGGGGGAAGAAUGCAGGGCCUGCGCGGAGAAAACAGACUACGUGAACCUGAUCAAAGAACUGGCACCCAAGUACGCUGCGGCCCACCCCAGAAUGGAACUCUGACCCUCCACGCCGGCGCACCAUUGGUUGUAAUUAGAGGCAAAAUGUCAUGUGGAUUAAGUCCCCAGAAAUUGCACUGCGCGUGCAUGGUCUCAUACUUUUUGUUUUGAUAUUACUCCUCAGAACUGGUUACUUGAGUUUAUAAGUAAAACUGUUAAUAUUAGUGGUAUCUUACUUUUUUGCAGUGUACCAAAACCUAAAAGUGCCUUUAUCAUAAUUUCUUUGGUAAAGACUAUGUAAAUUAUCAUUGGCUACCUCCUAAAAUUGGGGAAAGUGAAUUUCUGAAAAGUUGAUGGAGCAAAUUGAUUCCAGGAAGGAGAAGCGUGCUCAAGAGGCCCCUCUCUGUGCAUUCAUGUUUAUUACAUAUAUUGGAUUAGGACAAAAGGAACAAUGUUUAGCUCAUCUAGCUCCCAACUUCAACCCAAAAUAACAACCUGACAUAAUGAAAAGUUUUUAAAAAAUAAACUUUGUUCAACUGCAAAUCUCUCUGCUUUCUAGUUCUCUUUGGUACCAGAAAUGAGAGGGCAGGAGGCCCUACUUGAAAUUAGUGUUUCCGUUUCCAUAUGAAGAAAACCUAUUUAAACCUCCUUAAAGAAAAUAGACCAAGAAUCCACACAAAUAUAUGUAGCCAGUAAUUUAGCAAAUUAUAUCACCAAGCUCAAGGACUUCUGCAGCCUUCUUAUAACACAGUAGACAAGCUUUUGAUAGAAGGUUAAAACAUAUGAAGGGCACCUGCAGGCAACAUGGUUUUUAAGAACCAAUUUAUGGUUCUUAGUGCUAUUAUAUCAGAUUUAAAUUGUAAAAUCAUUUGUGACUUCAUUUUCUGGCCACAUUAAGAAUAAGAUCCCACUGUAGAAGUAAGUGGCUGUCCCUGUGUGGUAGGUGGAGUGGGAAAUGACUGCAGAGCAGCUCUCGGGAAAUUUCGGGGGUGAUGGGAACAUCUUAUCUUGAUGGUGGCUACAUCGGUGAAUAUGAUUGUCAAACUCAUCUGGUAGUACAUUGAAGACCUGGGCAUGUUACUGUAUGUAA